AUGGGCUAUCUCGAGGUGUACAACGCGGCGCUGGUCGUCGCCUGGCUCGCCGUGCUUGUCAAUCCUGACUAUCUCAUCCCCGUGCAAGUGGUAAACCUGGUGCUUGAGCUUGUCCACAUCGCCGGAGGCCUUGUCCGGGCGCCGUUGCUGGCGGCGUUAAUGCAGUGCUACGCUCGCCUUGGGAUGUGUUUGGGCGUAUUGUGGAACCAGAAACAGUGGGCGCCUGAGUGGGCGUUCCGAGCAAUGAUUUUCGCUUGGGGUAUUACCGAGGUGAUUCGCUAUACUUACUAUUUGGUGAAACGGGGGACGUGGCUCCGCUACCUGGCGUUUAUUGUAUUGUACCCUUUGGGUCUCAUUAGUGAAGCCACUAUUGCGUGGUCAGUACUUCCUCACGUGACCCACUGGUUCCAAAAGUGGUUUCUCUAUGUGGGAUUGGCAAUGUACCUUCCUGGUUUUGUCAUGUUAUAUUCAUACAUGUGGAAGCAGCGCCGCAAGCAACUUGGCCCCAAGCGCAAGCAGAUUUGA